AUGAAGCCCAAGUUCCAUAAUCUAUGGAUGGUCACCGUGUACAAGGGUCCUCACACGUGUAUACGGACUGGGGUGCAAAAUGAUGGUAGAAUGAUGAGUUGUAAAUUUAUUGCAGAUGACAUCCUUAAGAAGUUAUGUGAGGAUCACACUACCCCAAUUAAGCAUCUCAGAUCUAUGAUAGAAUCGAAAUAUGAGGGACAAAAGCCUUCUUACUACAAGGUAUGGGAUGCGAAACAAAAGGCGAUUGGGAAGAUGUUUGGGAAUUGGGAAGAGUCUUAUCAAAGGCUGCAAAAGUUGCUAAUGGCAUAUAUUGAUCAGGAUCCGACUACCCAGGUGUUCUAUCGUACCACAUUCACCGGUGAAGAUGACACAGUAUUUUUGAAUUAUGUGUUUUGGUCUUUCGGUCCAAGCAUUGAUGGAUUCAAAUAUUGCAAGCCGGUUAUCAGUAUUGAUGGGACCCAUCUGUAUGGUAAAUAUCAGGGAAAGUUGUUGGUUGCAAUGGCAACCGACGCUAACAACAAGGUAUUCCCUCUUGCCUUUGCUAUUGUGGAUUCUGAGUCAGGGUCUAGUUGGAGGUGGUUUUUACAAUGCCUCAGAGAUGCGAUUGGCCGCGUGAUACCUAACGAAGGCAUUUGCAUAAUUUCUGAGCGACAUCUCGGUAUCAAAAACGCCAUUGCAAACUGGCCUAGAAGGGAUGAUGGAAGAGCACUGGUAUUUCAUAGAUAUUGCCUUCGACAUGUUGCUAGCAACUUUAACACACAUUUUCAGAACUCGACUCUAAAGUCAGCGGCGUUGAAAGCCGGAUAUGCUAGUCAGGCAGUGAAAUUUUAUACCAUAAUGGAGACCAUUAAGCAGGCGGAAAUUGAGGCCAUUAGAAAUAAGAAGAAGUUGACGGGGAAGGAUGGCAAGGAAAAGAAUCAAGAUUAUCUUCCAUACACAUACCUAAUGGGCGAGUCUGUGGAUAUGUGGACUUAG